AUGAGAUAUCUCAGAGCGACUGAUUAUGCAAACUCAGAUGCCUCGGCACCGAGCCACGAUACUUACACGCCGCCGCAAAACCAACGAAACAUGCUCGCUCUUGCCAUCAUGCUGCUGGAACUCAACUUCGGCACACCAAUCGAGAGCCUCCGACACCAAGAUGAUCUGGGUCCGGACGGACAACCAAACAUGUGCACAGAUCUUCUCACGGCGCAGAGAUGGUUUAACGCAAAAGCGCUUAAAGGGCAGCUGUCGCACGGGUUCAAAAGUGCCAUCAAAUAUUGCCUCCAAUGCUACCUCGACCCAGACGCCUCCUUCGACAACGUCGAGUUUGUCCAGUCCAUCGAGGAGCAGGUGUUGAAGCCUCUCGAGUGGGAGAUGCAGCAGUUGGUUUACGGGAAGUCUUUAUAA